AUGGAGACCUUUGACAUGGUAUUGCCGCUGAUGGACGAUGGUUCUUUGACCAUCCUUGAGGACAUUUACGUUGUUAAGGAUGGACAGGUAUCUGUCGUGUCUUGGCCAAGUCGACCCUAUCAGUAUAUUGUUUACUUCACGACUCCUACUGAGAGGAGAAUCCUGCAGAUUUACGGUCACGGGUCCUACGUCAUCGAGGAUGAGCCAGUGAAGUCCGUCCAAACAUUUGGUAAGCACAGAAAUCUGAGAGAUGACGGCUGGGAAUAUAAAGGUAUUGUUAUGGAGAAUGCUGUGAAGCAGACUCUCUGGGUCUCUACUGGUGGUCUACCCACGGGUGGUGGCGGAGAGCAGGAGUUCGAUCUACUUGGAGCCGCUGAAGUGGCGCCCAAUAAAUGGAAGUUGUAUCUGGAUGAGACCAACACGACUUUGACCAGCAUCGAAGGGGUUGGUGGUUCCGAUGAUACGGUCUUACAGCGGACGACUAUUACCUUUUGGGCUGAUCUGGCUGAGAGAUGA